UGUCGUAUUUCUCAGAAAUCUAUAGUUAUACGUUUCUAUUUAAAGCUGAUGACUAAUUCGGGAGACACAAAGAUAUGCGGGGAUCGGGAUCCGCUAAAAUUAACUUUCGGGACCGACCUUCCCCAGCUAAGCCUUAAGCUCCGCGUCCUUCUUUCCCUCCGGAAUUAUCGUCCGCCGUUGACUCAACUUCUUCUUGCUAUAUUGACUUAGCUACCUAUUUGUACUUCCGACACAAUAAACCUCAAAGGACCUCAAAGGGCUGUGGCAAGUACUUGAGUUGCAUACUUUAGACGAAAAGGAAAUAAGCCAUGGAUGCCCGCUGUCAAUGCGGUGCCGUCGCGUUUAAAACGCCCCUGCCCAAGCCCCUGGCUCUCUACAUUUGCCACUGUGCCGAAUGUCGCCGACAGACGAGCUCUGCCUUUGGCACCUCCGCCAUAUUCCCCCGUUUUCCUCUACCUCGCGCUGAGCUGAUGUCUUGCUAUACCCGGCCGACACCUUCUGGUCAUACGCUUUAUUGCUAUUUUUGCCGCAACUGCGGGACUAGACUGCUUCACACGACACCGGGCAAGAAUGUUGUCUCCGUCAAAGGAGGAUGUAUAGACGGGCUCGACUGGUCAAGAGCUAUCCACAUAUGGACCAAAUCAGCCAUGAUACCCAUACCCGAGGGCUCCGAAACAUACUCGGAAGAGCCCACGGAGUCCGACUACUGCGCCUCUCGGGAAUCUCUUGACCAACCUCUCGACCCGGCGGGCAUACUCGUGAAUAGCGGGGCGGCCCCAACGGCGGCUGAUAGAGCAGGGAAAGCUGCUCAUAUGGGGCCUGUGAAGGGCGCCUGCGAAUUGAGUGGAUCAUAGAUGAUGUUGAAAGUUUUGAUGAGCGGCGUUGACGCUCGUGCCUGGUGGUUGGCCGAUGGUAGCUGGUGGCGUAGUGAUGGUAAAUUUGAACCGGCAAAGUUAUCCAUGUAAAAGAUACCCUCGUUUCACUCAAGUUCUAUCUUUUAAGGGCUAUUCAAUCCGGCGGAGGUCAGGAGGGGGUUCUCAUACCACUCUUCAUCCGCUGAUUUGCCUAUUUUCGGUGAUCUCCGAGUGUUUGGCCGGAUCGAAUACGUACAUAGGAAACUCAAGGAACACCGUCCUCUUUACGAUAGUAGGGAGCCGUUCAUAGAUCUGUGGCGGAAACGGGAUAAGGAUGCUAGUACGGUUUAAAUACCGCCGAUAGCCUUCCCAAUUCAAACCCUUCUCGUACCGCUUCUUAGCGGCCGGGCGCUCGGACAGCGGCAGCCCCGAGACGAACAUGAGCAGGAUGGUGAGGAAGAAGGGACCCAAGAUUGUGGCGUAAAGCGCAUUGAAUGCUUGUCCGGCGACGGGGCCAUCGGCAGCGGGCGAGACGCAUAUCAUAUAUAUAGCUUUUACCGUCAGUUUAAAUCCUCACUAGUUAAUAUCCAAGCGAAAACUUA